CGGCUGUAAAGCGGUGGCUCGUGAAGGCGGUUUUAUUUUGAAACGUCCCACCGGGGCCUCUGCUUUUUAUUCGCGCUACGCUAACGCUGCUGAGAGAGAGCAGGCGGAGAGGAACGGCAUCUAAAAAGCGACUUGGAAAAACUACUUAGCGAGUUUUGGAGUCCUAGUUGGCCUCGAGGGCACCAGCAUGAGCCAGGAGACACUGGUGUCUGAUGGAGACUCUGCUCAGGAUGUUCCUGACUUUAACUGGGAUGAUUACCUGGAGGAGACUGAAGCCGUGGCUGUGCCCCAUCACAGCUUCAAACAUGUGGACCAGGGCCUGCAGACAGGGCUGACUCCAGGCAUGAAGCUGGAGGUAUGUGUGCGCUCUGAAGCCGACAGCCCUUACUGGGUGGCAAACAUCAUCACCACAUGUGGACAGCUGCUGCUUUUACGUUACGAGGGAUACCAGGAUGACCGCCGUGCAGACUUCUGGUGCGACAUCAUGACGGCAGACCUCCACCCUUUGGGUUGGAGCCGGCAGCACGACAAGACAAUGAGGCCCCCUGAAGGUGUGCGUGAGAAGCAUCAGGACUGGGAGGCUUUGCUGGAAAAGGCCUUGGCUGAGGAGUGCAGCGCGCCUGCCAGCCUGCUGGAAUUGCCCCAGCGUGGCAGAGACCCAGUGGAGCUCCUAUGUGCGGGUUGCUACGUGGAGCUCCAGGAUAGCAGUGACCCGGGGCUGGCCUGGGCUGCUGAGGUGGAGGAGAAUGUUGGAGGAAGGUUGAAACUGCGGCUUAUAGGCACAGAGGGUCUCCCAGACACACCCGCAACUCUCUGGCUCUUUUAUCUCCACCCACGCCUACACCCACCUGGCUGGGCCAAAGAGCACGGCUGCACCCUCAAGCCUCCUUCAGAUCUGUUAGGUCUGCGGACGGAGGAAGAGUGGGAGGAGGUGAGACAGAGGAUCAGUGACCUGCCUCAGGAUGAAGCUCUGACUGCAGAGUUAACUAAAGAUCAACCUGCCAUUGCUGCUCAUUGUUUCAAAGAAGGGAUGAAACUGGAAGCUGUUGACCCUGCUGCUCCCAUUUCCAUCAGGCCUGCAACUGUCACCAGGGUGUAUAACGAGCAGUACUUCCUGGUGACAAUGGACAACCUUUGUGAUAUUGAGGAGUCAGACAGUGCUGGGCGAUCCUUCCUUUGUCACAGAGACAGUCCGGGGAUCUUCCCUGCUCAGUGGAGCCUCAAAAACGGGCUCCCACUCAGCCCCCCACCAGGAUACCAGGGUCCAGACUUUGACUGGGCAGACUACCUGAAACAGUGUGAAGCUGAAGCCGCUCCUCAACAUUGCUUCCCAACUCUCUCUCUGUUUACCUCCCAGGAACAGUGUGAGCACAGCUUCAAAGAGGCCAUGAAACUAGAGGCUGUCAACCCACUGUCACCUGAGAACAUUCAUGUGGCCACAGUCACCCGGGUCAAAGGGCAAUACAUUUGGCUGAGCCUUGAAGGUCUAAAGCAGCCCAUGCCAGAGCUGAUAGUUCAUGUGGACUCACUCGAUAUAUUUCCUGUCAGCUGGUGUGAGACAAAUGGCUAUCCACUUGUCUACCCUAUUAAGCCCUCAGUUGAGAAAGAAAAGAAGAUUGCUGUGGUGCAGCCAGAGAAACACAGAACUCCCCCCAAGUCUUCAUCACCUGACACUGUCAAGCAGCAGAUAACAAACCAGUCGGAGACAGGGCAGGGCAACGGGAAAUACUGUUGUCCCAAGAUCUACUUCAACCACCGCUGUUUCUCAGGGCCCUACCUUAACAAAGGACGCAUCGCUGAGCUGCCUCAGUUCAUCGGCCCUGGAAACUGCGUCCUCGUGCUCAAAGAGGUAUUGACUCUGCUGAUAAACUCGGCCUACAAGCCCAGCCGUGUGCUGAGAGAGCUGCAGCUGGACCAGGAGAGCCGCUGGCAGGGCCAUGGAGAGACACUCAAAGCAAAGUACAAGGGAAAGAGCUACCGGGCCACCGUGGAAAUAGUCCGUACAGCAGACCGUGUGGCAGACUUCUGCAGGAAAACCUGCAUUAAGUUAGAGUGCUGCCCGAACCUGUUUGGACCUCGCAUGGUUCUGGAGCACUGCUCAGAGAACUGCUCUGUCCUCACCAAGACCAAAUACAGUAGGUGGCAAACAGCAUAUUACUAUGGAAAGAAGAAGAGUAAACGUGUUGGUCGUCCACCUGGAGGCCAAACUAAUCUGGAUGCUGGAGUGAAAAGAAGGGGGCGGAGGAGGAAGAGGAGGAAGCAGCUCUUUGUCCAUAAAAAGAGACGCUCAUCAGCUUCUGUUGACAACACACCUGCCGGCUCUCCACAGGGCAGUGGGGAGGAGGAAGAUUUAGAUGAAGAUGACUCCCUGAGUGAAGACUCUGGCUCUGAGAUGCAGGACGAUCUCCAGGACGAUUCAGAGCAGUCAGUCGGGAAAUCUCAGCCCACCACACCGUCCCCUUCCCCGCCGGCGACUCCCAGGCCGACACGCAGACGCCGGAAACCCCGCUCCCCCUCGUUCUCUGAUGAUGAGAACCGCCCCCCUUCACCAAAGACGCCAAAAGCUGAGCCUCCUCAGAAACUGUGUUUGGAUACCAGCCCCCUGGAGUGGAGCGUUACUGAUGUGGUUCGCUUCAUCAGGACCACUGACUGUGCGCCUCUUGCGAGGAUUUUCUUGGAUCAGGAAAUUGACGGACAGGCGCUGCUGCUGCUGAACCUCCCGACGGUGCAAGAGUGUAUGGACCUGAAGCUGGGACCGGCCAUCAAGCUAUGUCACCACAUCGAGCGGGUCAAGCUGGCAUUUUAUCAGCAGUUUGCUACGUAGCUGACGGGGGACCAGAUGUGGGAUGUGACUGCACCCUGUUCUGUGUGUUAAUCCAUUCAAAAACAAUGUUUUUUGUCCCCCCCCCCCAACACUGGACAUCGUUUAGAAUCCUUCCUAUUCCACAACCUGCGUGGACAUGAGAUAGACGAAGCAACAUUUCUUGAUCCUUGGGGAGGGGGAAAGACAGCUGAGAAAGUAGAAGACUCAAAGGAAGGAACUUGUGGCUGUUUGAUGGCACAAAUAAAUGUAAAGACACAUAAGUAUAAAUUCCUUAAAUUCAACAUAUUUUGACAUCAAAACAAACCAUCACCAAGGACUUGCUUUAGGUUUAAAAAAAAAAAAAAAAAGAAAAAAAGCUUGGUUUCUGUAUCUAUUUUAAUUAAUGCUGUUUGACUCAUUUGUAUCUUCGGAGUGUUGUGAACCAGUUUUUUUUUUUUUCUCCCUUUUCUUACCCCACUUAAAAAGUGACUCAGCACCACUUCUAGAACUUUUGUUCUAUUUAGUUAUACUUUUCAGUCUGCUUACCUUUUUGACAGGGCAAUACCACAGGAUCAAAGCUUUUAAAAUGUAAUACUAUGGGAUAAGUAAGUAAUAAUCUCACUAAGUAAUAAGUGAGAUUAACUCCCUCCUGAUCUGGUGACUUCUGUGGAGAAUAUUUAAAGUGUCUUCAAAAAUGUAUUUUGGUGUAUUAGUUAAACAAAAAACAGUAAUCGUUUCUUCAGAAAUCAAACUAGACGAUGCAAAGACUGAUACCCAGCUGUGAAGUGAUAGUUUGAGUCAUUGCAGGGAUUGCAUUAGAUUUUAUUUUAAACAUGCAACAUGUAUGUCAAGAUCUGUUGCUAGUACUAAGAUGGAAUACUUUAUGCCAAAUUUGUAUGCUUAAUCUAAAAUGGGGCCUCGAUCUUAAGAGACUAAGGCUCUCUGGUUUAAGUCUCAAUAUGUGGAAGGAUUUUGUACUGCAAGCACAAGCAAAACCAUGCACUACAUGGUGGUAUGCAAUUAUGACACGUGCAUGUCUGUAUAUAGUGUACAUAUUCAAAUAUCUUCUAGUGCAACAGGGUGAUUUGAAAGAAAAAAAAAAUCGUCUUUGUGCAUAUGUGUAAAUGCCCAAACACAAUACAUUUGCACAGAACAGGUCUAAACUUUGCAAUAUUGGGUAUAUGAUGCGAGUCAGUUUAGCUACAGUUGAUAAAAACAUUUUAACAGCAAUGGGUUAUUUUAAUUGCUAAUGCUAAAUGAAAUUGGCAGUUUUAAAGCAAGAUGAUACUCUUAACAUGCUUUUGUUAGUCGUUUUACCCCUCGUUUUUUUUUUUUCAGUCCGUGUCGUGCGAUUUGAUGUAACGUGCUUCAUUUUGUGUGAUGUUUGUGUUUACUAAUUUUCUCGUAGUUCCCUUGUGCUCAGAACAAUAGCACAUGCCUUCGUUUGAAGAUUAUUAUCACUGCUAUUUAAAGACAACACUGCAAUAAAAGCUGAACAACGACUUUU